CCCCAUUAUCCUUAUUCUAACCUAAGUGGGUUAUUUUAGGAUUUCAAAACAAAACUUUUUUCGUAGAAGCACCGCGAUUUUAAAUUAUUGUGAAGUGGUUACUUACUUAUUUUGCAGUCAUGGCUUCUCCUUUGAAGCAAUUCGUUACGAGCAUUCAAAAUCUCUCAGCUCAAGGCAGUUACCGUGAAAUAGUGGAUAUGUUAAACAAAUCUUCAGAUGUCUUGGUGAAAUACAGGGAGCAGCUUCCGUCAGUUUUGGAAAGUCUGGAUUGUCAGCAACAUUCACUUGGCGUAUUAGCAGUUUUGUGUCUAGAACUUUCAACCACAGCACCCAUGCCCCCUGACACUUUUGAGAAGGCAUUUCUAAAAGUACAAGAGUUUCUCAGUACCUGUAAUGGAGAGCAAAUUAGAUUGAUGCCAGAUUCUUUUGCAGAAUUGUGCCACCAUCUUACCAAAAACCUAAUUGAAUUUAAAACCCCAAUGAGGGGAAUCGCCAUCCUACAAAAAGCAAUUAAGAAGCUGCAAAUGUCAAGCACGCAACUCACACCUGUACAUGCUGAUCUUUGCCAAUUAUGUUUGUUAGCUAAAAAUUUCAAACCAGCCCUAGAAUUUUUAGACAUUGACAUGGUCUCAAUCGGUCAAGAGAACUGUUCAUUCGAUGCAAAAUAUUUCCUGCUGUACUAUUACUAUGGUGGUAUGAUUUAUGCAGCAGUCAAACAGUAUCACAGAGCUCUAUUUUUCUUUGAAGUAGCAAUCACAACUCCUGCCUCUGCUGUAUCUUUCAUCAUGCUAGAAGCCUAUCAUAAAUACAUACUGAUAUCUCUUAUUAUUCAUGGAAAGAUCAUCCCGUUCCCCAAGUAUACCUCACAAAUUGUUGCUCGCUUCAUUCGACCUCUAAGUCAGGCAUACCAUGAUUUAGCGACAGCCUAUGCCACAAAUAAUGCUGAAGAUGUUAGAAAUUGUCUCAGUAAAUACCACGAAACUUAUGUCAGGGAUAAUAAUGUGGGCCUAACCAAACAGGUUUUAUCAUCUUUAUUCAAGAAAAAUAUUCAACGGUUGACAAGAGUAUUUUUAACCCUCUCCUUAUCGGAUGUUGCCACCAAGGCCCAACUCUCAGGACCGCAGCAGGCUGUUGUCUAUCUCAUAAAAAUGAUUGAAGCUGGAGAAAUUUUUGCCACCAUCAACCAAAAAGAUGGAAUGGUCAUGUUUCAUGAUGAUCCAGAAAAGUACAACAAUCCAGAAAUGAUGAAGAAGCUAGAAAAUGAAAUUUCGUUAUGUAUGGACUUAAAUCGCAAAAUAAAUCAGAUGGAAGAGGAAAUUGAUGUGAAUCCUCAAUAUGUUAAAAAAGCCAAUAGUAAUCAAGAAGAAGAUUUGUCUCCUGGACAAGGUCUCAAAAUGUCUUAUUCCUCCAUGAACAUGCCAGGUGUUAAAGAAUGAAUAAAUAAAGCUUGUUGCAUUUAUUUUGCAGGGCUUUGCCUUGAGCCAACCUAUUUUUUUCCACCUGUCUAUUCUUACUUUACUUUGUGUAUAAAGUGUAACAUUUUGAUUAAUUUAAACAUAGAAUCUGCUAGCUUGUAAGUUUGUACUCAAAUCAGUUUUGUAAUUAAAUACAAAUUUUAGUAAUUUUCCUAAA